AUGGACUCAAUUCUUUUUGGCACCGCGCUGGCAGUCUGCCGUAUCAUAGGCGUCAAGGUUUCCACGGCUGGACGCGCUAAUGGCUAUAGUAGCGCUAUCCCAGCAUGGAGAAGAAGAAUUGAGGAACGUAUCGCAAAGGCUAGAGCUCUCAUCGGCAGACUGAUAUGCUUCAGAUCAGGCAAAAACAGGCCAAGAAUUGUGCGCACCGUCAGGAUGGCGUUUGCUGGGACAAAUAUCAGUUUGUCCCAGCCGGAUAUAACGCAAAAACUGACGGAGCGCAUAGAUGAUCUGAAACAAAGAAUUGCUGCUUGGGGAAAGCGGAUUCGGCGAUAUACCGAGAGGUCGACACGGUUCAACCGGAAUCGUCUCUUCCAGAGUGAUCAAAAGAGGCUCUACGCAUCAUUGGAGCGACCAGUAGUAAGUGGAACGGGCCCAGCACCAAAUCAGGCCUACACUGUAGCAUUCUGGCGCAGCCUGUGGUCAGAGCCAGUAAACCACAGCGAGGGCCCUUGGACGGAAGUUGUGGUGAGUCAGUGUGCGGGUAUUACGCCCUUGGAUCCCGUCACCAUAACGCCGGAUGACGUAGCUGAGGCGGUCCGUAGGGCCCCGAACUGGAAAAGUCCGGGGCUUGACGGGCUGCAUCACUACUGGCUGAAGGGGUUCAUGGUGUAUCACGCUGUGCUCGCCCGACAGUUUCAAGAGGCUUUCAACCAGAAGUCGCUCACAAGCCUCUUCACUACUGGGAUCACUCAUUUGGUUCCUAAAGAUCAGGGUGCCACAGACCCGAGCAAAUACCGCCCCAUCACAUGGGUUGGUCGAUGCAGGGAUUGUUCCAGCUUCAAGUGCGGCGAGAUACUGAUCACGUGCUGCGAGUACGUGUGCCGCGUAGCUCUAGAGGAAGUGCACGGCCCGGUACCCCCGGCGCCACGCAACGCGCGGCGCGCGCGUAGACCGGCCUGCUGGGCGCCGGCGCUGAUUGCCGACCGCUCGUGCAGCAGGGAGCGACUGCAGCCGCCUGCAGAGCCGGACGAACCGGACGCACUCGCGCGGCAUGAUCUGCAAGGUAUCCUGGAAAAGGAUUUCGUCGAAAUGCAAGGCAUUAAGAACGACCUCAAUAGGAAGAUAUAUCAAAUGAAAGCGACUAUGGAAUCCAGUAGGUGGGCGGUACGCAGUGGCGCGCCGCACCUCGCGCUGGCUCCACAUUCGCCGCCGCACGUUCCAGCGCCGGCCAGCAUGAGGCGCCGCCACACUUACCAGCAACUACUCAGAUUGCUCCCACCUCCGAGCAUUACGGGCACUCCCACCAGCAGUCGCAGUUCAACACCGAGCCGCUCGAGCUCUACCAAGUUAUGA